AUGCCGUUUGUGAGUGAAUUAAAAGACAAUAAAAAAGCUGCCAUAAACACAGGGGCAACAGCGGUUUCGAUGCUACCUUGCAUCGUUCCCACCAUAUUCAUCAGACGCCUGGGUCGUAACAGUCAUCGCGUCUGUGGUAUUCUCGGUACAAUACUGGAGGGAGCAGCCACUCUGAUAUUUAAUCCACAGAUGAACUACUUGAUUGAACAUCUUUCAUGGAGGGCUGUAUUCAAAAUUCAAGGCACUCUCAUACUCUUCAUUGGUGUCCUGGGAUCUUGGACCUUCGUUUCGGAUCAGCAGCAGCAACAGCAGCAGCAGCAAACCGCAAACAAAUCAGACCUCCGGUCCAUCUUAAAAUCUCUCGUCCGAUGCAACGUCUUCUGCUGGUUCUUCGGACAGUUCUUCAACUCCAUCUUCUAUUAUGCGCCUUUCAACAUUUUGCCUCACUACAUGACGACAAAAAACUUGACAACAUCCAAUAUCUCCUUGGUGAUGACGAUGCUCAGCCUAUCGGAAUGCCUCCUCUACAUAGUGACGUCACUUCCGGGAGAUUAUUUGGCGGGAAAAUUAAUUUACGUGAACAUCUGCGCAUGUCUGCUGGUCUCCAUUUUGAAUCUCUGCUGGCCAUUUCUUGAUUCAUCAGUUGAAUGGAUCGUCGGUUUAGCGAUAGCUGAUGGCAUGUUGCUGGCGACGAGCUACGCGUAUUUGUUCGCGUGCUCAUCCGAAGCGACCGGCCUUGACAUUGACCUUUCAUGGUCAGUUAGUAAUACCUCUUCGGGGUUCGCGACUCUCUUUGCCCCUCUGUUUUCAAGUUUAAUUUACGAUACUACGAAAUCUUACUUCGGCGUUUUCAUGAUGACGUCACUGGUGGCCUUCCUUAGUGCAUUGUUCUACUUCUUCAUACCGCUAAUUAGUAACAAUAAUAACAAUGACAACAAUUGCAACAACGACCAAAAUAAUAUAGCAACAACAUAA